AGGGUGGGAUGCAGGGUGGGAUGCAGGGUGUGGGAUGGUGCUGCCAGCCAGCAGCAUACAACCCUGCAUCCCACUGCUGCCAGCCAGCAGCAUACCACUCUAGAUCCCACUGCUGGCUUGCCUCUGAAACUAAGCCGGGUCGGGCCUGGUUGGUCCCUGGAUGGGAGACCAGAUGCUGCUGGAAGUGGAGUUGGAGGGCCAGUAGGGGGCACUUUUGCCUCUGGUCUAAGGAGAUACCCAGGAAGUGAAGUGGACAUUGGGUGCUGUCUUUUGGAUGGGAUGUUAAACGGAUGUCCUGACUCUCUGUGGUCAUUAAAAAAGCCCAUUACUUAUCAUAAGAGUAAGGGUGUUAACCCUGAUGUCAUGACAAAAUUCCCAACCUGGUCCCAUUCCCAUCAUGACCACCUCAUCACCCUCCCCCUCAUUCUAAUUGGCAUAUAUCACUUAGCUGAUGUGUGGUGAGUGUUCUGGCACAAAAAUGGUUGCCGUGCAUCACCCAGGUGGGUGUUACACAUUGGAGGUGAGUUUCCCAAUGUAAAGCCAUUGGAGUACCUCAGUUGGUAGAAAAGUGAUAUAUAAAGCCAAUAAAGGAUUAUUAGCUUCUGGCACUACAAUACAUUUGCUUUUGUCCUCUCCAGCAAUGUACUCCAAAUAAUCCCAUACAGGGCUUUGUGUUUUGCAACCAACCACUGCUGGUGUUGUGUUUGCUGCUGCCAUUGUUCUCGCUCAUGCUUCCUGCUCGCCCUCAGAUUUCUUCCGUUAGCUGGCGAUGCAGCGAUGCACCAGCUAGGCCUAUUUGAAACAUCGCCAACAUCGCAGCAUUUACCCUCCAGAUUUAGAAGGUCAAAAACCCCAUUAGAGAAAAAAGCUUCAAAACAUUAGAUUUUUGUCCAAAGUUUAGAAGGAAAAAAACUGAACAUAAUUCAUGAUGGUUUUAAUUAUAUUUUAGUUUGUUUUGCAGUCAAAGAUAAUAGUUUCAAUAUAGUUUUCGAUUUUCAGUUUACUCAAUUGUUUUUCCAAUUUUUGUUUUUAAUUCAUUUUCAUUUCAGUUUUCAUUUACUAUUAUAACCUUGGUGUGUGCAACACUGUAAUGGAGAGAGGAGUGGGGAAAAUGUCUGUCUGAAUAAAGGCUAUCUGGACCUACUGCUUUUGAGUAAAAUGGUGUGCUUUGGGCUGAGAGAGGUAUGUAAUAUUAUGUGCCUGUGUGUUUGCUUUGGUCUGAGAGAGGAAUGUAAUAUUAUGUGCAUGUGUGUGUGCUUUGGUCUGAGAGAGGAAUGUAAUAUUAUGUGCCUGUGUGUGUGCUUUGGGCUGAGAGAGGAAUGUAAUAUUAUGUGCCUGUGUGUGUGCUUUGGGCUGAGAGAGGAAUGUAAUAUUAUGUGCAUGUGUGUGUGCUUUGGUCUGAGAGAGGAAUGUAAUAUUAUGUGCCUGUGUGUGUGCUUUGGUCUGAGAGAGGAAUGUAAUAUUAUGUGCCUGUGUGUUUGCUUUGGUCUGAGAGAGGAAUGUAAUAUUAUGUGCCUGUGUGUGUGCUUUGGUCUGAGAGAGGAAUGUAAUAUUAUGUGCCUGUGUGUUUGCUUUGGUCUGAGAGAGGAAUGUAAUAUUAUGUGUGUGUGCUUUGGUCUGAGAGAGGAAUGUAAUAUUAUGUGCAUGUGUGUUUGCUUUGGUCUGAGAGAGGAAUGUAAUAUUAUGUGCAUGUGUGUGUGCUUUGGUCUGAGAGAGGAAUGUAAUAUUAUGUGCAUGUGUGUGUGCUUUGGUCUGAGAGAGGAAUGUAAUAUUAUGUGCCUGUGUGUGUGCUUUGGGCUGAGAGAGGAAUGUAAUAUUAUGUGCAUGUGUGUUUGCUUUGGUCUGAGAGAGGAAUGUAAUAUUAUGUGUGUGUGCUUUGGUCUGAGAGAGGAAUGUAAUAUUAUGUGCCUGUGUGUGUGCAUUGGGCUGAGAGAGGAAUGUAAUAUUAUGUGCAUGUGUGUGUGCUUUGGUCUGAGAGAGGAAUGUAAUAUUAUGUGCAUGUGUGUUUGCUUUGGUCUGAGAGAGGAAUGUAAUAUUAUGUGCAUGUGUGUGUGCUUUGGUCUGAGAGAGGAAUGUAAUUUUAUGUGCCUGUGUGUGUGCUUUGGGCUGAGAGAGGAAUGUAAUAUUAUGUGCAUGUGUGUGUGCUUUGGGCUGAGAGAGGAAUGUAAUAUUAUGUGCAUGUGUGUGUGCUUUGGUCUGAGAGAGGAAUGUAAUAUUAUGUGCCUGUGUGUGUGCUUUGGGCUGAGAGAGGAAUGUAAUAUUAUGUGCAUGUGUGUUUGCUUUGGUCUGAGAGAGGAAUGUAAUAUUAUGUGCCUGUGUGUUUGCUUUGGUCUGAGAGAGGAAUGUAAUAUUAUGUGUGUGUGCUUUGGUCUGAGAGAGGAAUGUAAUAUUAUGUGCCUGUGUGUUUGCUUUGGUCUGAGAGAGGAAUGUAAUAUUAUGUUGAGUGAUGGUGGAGCGAUCUCCUUCAAGUGUUCCCGUAGCAACACCCACUCCUCCACUCCUGACAGGAAGUGGUGA